AUGGCUGAAGAAAGUGAUACGUUAACAAUGAGUGAACAAUUACGACUUGCGAAAGAUAUGGGAUAUUCUGAUGAGGAAAUUAUGCAAGCGAUUAGUAUGAAUUGUGAUAAUGAUGGAUCAUAUCGAGCAUUUUCAUCAACAAACGCUAUGAUUGAUAUGUUAGCACGAGUGCAACGAAUGUGUGAAAUAACCGAAUCUAUUGAUUCUGGAUCCGGAAUUGGCAGAAAAUAUGAAAGAAUCAUUCCGUUAAGGAAUGGAAGCAAUGAAAAUUUAGAACGAAGGUUGUCCAAUUGCUGUUUCCGUUUUGCACUUUGCAAUCGUUCCUCACUUUCACCACAAUCACAUGAGUUAGUUCAUCGAACAAUACAAAAAUAA